CUUUUUUUUGUUUUCAAUUUGUCUUGUUAUUUUGCAAAUGUAUAAUUUGCUUUUGGUUAGUUAGCCAUAUAUUUAUAUAUUUUGCAUGCAAACCAAACCUUUCCUUAUAAUAAUAAAAACUAACUAACUAACCAAAAAAAAAAAAAAAACGGUAAGGAUUAUUCACAUUGAUAUAUGAUCGCUAUUUAUUCAUUUGGCUGUGAAAAGUACUGCCAUUUACUAGAAAGCAUGAUGUCAGAUAUUUUGAGAAGCAACGUCUUGAAUAUGUCAUACGGGACUGGUAUGGAUGCAUAAAAAGUGUGAAAGCGUUCCUCUGUGGAUUCCUGUGGAAAAUGGGUGCACUGCAAACCUUCAGGGAGUUCAGUGUUUUGGGAUGGUUAAGAGAAGGCAGGCAGUCGAGGAGGCUCAUUCUUCUGAUCGUGUUCGUUGCACUUCUGCUGGACAACAUGCUCCUCACUGUAGUCGUGCCCAUUAUCCCCAGCUACUUGUACACAGUAGAUCAUGAAACUUCUCCAGUGAAAAACCAGACGGCCAGUCCUGGGCCGGAGUCUGUGCCCUCCUCAAACACCUUUCAAAACAUCUUCUCCUACUAUGACAACCCCACCAGGCUGCCUGGCAACGCCUCUGAGGAGACGUCCCAAAGAGCAACCCGUUUCUCCUACACCACCACCAGCAGCCCCAUCACCAAUGCCACUGAAGCACCAUCAGACUGUCCCAAAAAGGACAAACGCCUUUUAAAUGAAAAUGUGAAAGUGGGUUUGCUGUUUGCUUCAAAAGCCACCGUGCAGUUGAUAACUAAUCCCUUCAUUGGACCUCUGACCAACAGAAUAGGAUACCAGGUUCCAAUGUUUGCUGGCUUUUGCAUCAUGUUCCUUUCCACUGUCAUGUUUGCUUUUUCUGAAAGCUAUACUUUACUUUUCCUGGCGAGGUCCCUGCAGGGAAUCGGGUCCUCCUGUUCGUCAGUGGCAGGUAUGGGGAUGCUUGCUAGUGUCUACACGAAUGACGAGGAACGAGGGAAUGCCAUGGGAAUUGCAUUAGGAGGCCUGGCUAUGGGAGUGCUGGUUGGCCCCCCCUUCGGCAGCGUGAUGUACGAGUUUGUGGGGAAAACAGCACCUUUUCUGAUUUUAGCAGUAUUGGCACUGCUCGAUGGAGCUCUACAGCUUUUUAUUCUGCAACCAUCAAAAUCGGAACCUGAAAGCCAGGAGGGAACAUCACUCUUUGCACUUUUGCGGGACCCUUAUAUCCUCAUUGCUGCAGGAUCCAUAUGCUUUGCUAACAUGGCCAUCGCAAUGCUAGAGCCAGCGCUGCCAAUAUGGAUGAUGGAGACCAUGUGUUCAAGAAAAUGGCAACUUGGCGUUGCUUUUGUCCCCGCCAGCAUCUCCUACCUUAUUGGAACCAACAUCUUUGGCGUUCUUGCUCACAAAAUGGGAAGGUGGCUUUGUGCCCUGAUCGGAAUGGUACUUGUAGGAAUAAGCAUCUUAUGUGUGCCUUUUGCCAAAAAUAUAUAUGGGCUCAUUAUACCAAAUUUUGGAGUUGGUUUUGCCAUUGGCAUGGUGGAUUCUUCAAUGAUGCCUAUAAUGGGUUACCUUGUUGACCUGCGUCAUGUUUCUGUCUAUGGAAGUGUGUACGCCAUCGCGGAUGUGGCCUUCUGCAUGGGAUUUGCAUUGGGCCCUUCCACUGGUGGUGCGAUUGCUCGAAGCAUUGGGUUUCCCUGGUUGAUGACUAUCAUUGGGAUCAUUGACAUACUCUUUGCGCCACUCUGCUACUUCCUCAGAAGCCCACCAGCCAAGGAAGAGAAAAUGGCUAUAUUAAUGGAUCACAAGCAUCCAGUCAAGACCAGAAUGUACACUCAGAACAGCAUGCAACCAUACCCUCUGGAAGAUGAUGAAGAGUCUGAAAGUGAUGAGUAACAGGAGCCAUAUGUGUAUGUUACCCCUCAGAAUAUCUAUUUUGUUGUACAAAAAAAAGCAGUGUGUUUAUGUGAACAUCCCAUUUUAUAUGUCUGUUUCAUAAAUGUACUGUAUCAAUAUGGUGUACCAUUGAAGCAUACCAAAGCUGUUUUUAUUGCCCAGUGUUACAGCUGUUUUUGUUCUAUUAAAAAUAAGUAGCUGGCAGCCAUAUAAAACUGAUGUUAAUGUAUUUAUGGAAAUAAUUUACUGCUGGGGGAAGAAAAACAAAUUCAAUUAUUUUUAUGUCUUUGUUUUUUUUUUUUAAAUAUAGCCUAUAUUUUUAAUUAUAUAUUUGCGGGUAUUAGUGGCAUUGUAAGUGAAAAUAAAUGCCCAUACAUUUUAAUAAUGGUUUAAAUUCAGCUAAGUGUGGUCGACUGUCAAUACAUGAUUUUCACUUGAGUUACAUUUAAUAGGAUCCCAACUAAGACUUCCACUCCCAUUAUAUGCUAUGAGUGCUGGUGAGUUUUUUUAAUUGUUUUAGUUGUUGUAGUGAACACUUAAAAAUCAAAGUGAGAAUACAUUCUGGAAAACAAAUGCAGCUUAAUUAUUGAUAAAGUGAUUAAGAGAAUGUGUUUCAUAUCCUUGGCUAUUGCAAUUUAAACUAAAACUCACACAGAAACACACACUGCCAGAGUAUAACACUGUAAUAACAUAUAUUUUGUAACUAUUGAACACUGAAGUUAGUUUUACAUUACAACUUUUACAACUUUACAAUAGUUUGUGUGUUUUUAUACCCACCACAGUUCUAAUUUAAACAUUUUGUAGCAUUCAUUUAGUUGAAGAAUUGUAGAUAGUACAAUUAUAGUACUGUUGAACUGAAAAGGAAUUCCAACCAAGGGUUUAAAACCAUAUUCCCUAAAAUGGUACCCAAUCACUUCCUGUGCUGUAGGUGAUUGUGUACCAGGAAGCUUGUUUGUUUUACUUCAAUGCAGAUUAGACUUGAGAUCAACAACAUCCCACUCAUUUUAAAGCAAGCUAGACAUGGCAAUGGUAAGGACAAAGUUAUUCUCCAUUUCAAUAUUUGACAUUUUCCAUUUCAUGACAAACCACAUUCUGUUUUUAUUUCCGUUCUUAUAUAGCACACGACUAUCAGAAACAGACCUUGUUGACAGUCCACCUAGUUUACAUGCAUAUGUUUAUCUGGGGGAAUACAAGCUUCCUCUUUUAAAAAGUACUGUUUAAAAAUAUUUCCUAUUGUAAAAAAGAUUAAUGAGUAAGCAACCAAUGGAUUUACAUGGAGAUUAAAACUAUACAAAAACGCAUGAGUACGAUGCUAAUACUUUACUAAUUAAAAUAAUACAUUGCAUUUAGCCACACAAGCAAGCAUUCAGAGUGGUAAAAACUAGAUUAGAAAUGAUAUCUAUUGUAGGUCUUAUUUGCACUGAAGACAGUGGACACAAAUAACGGUACAACUUACAGAGAAAGUAAUGUCUUGUGAAAAGUUUUAACCUUUCUUUUUGUAUAUAAAAAUAUAUAUGUGCCUUCUUUCAACCUGUCAGCAGAUGUUCUUUAAGUAGUGGAGAAAAGCUGUCCCUGAACAGUGGAGGGGUGAGGGUGUGCUUGUGUACUGUAUUACAUGCUGCUCUUUAGGCAAGGGCAAUCCAGUAAUAAAUGUUUUCUGAGU